AUGGCGGCAGCCACCGACAAAAACAACAUGGAACGCUUCGACGUCGUAUCGGACGUGGCGGACCACUACUUCAUAUUACCAAAUCAGGACUCAGAAGGCCUCAGCAGAGUAGGGAGUGACGUGUACAAGAAGAUAAUGAGAGAGUGGAAAAUCCUCGCCCGCAGCCUCCCCGAUUCCAUAUACGUUCGCGUAUACGAGAAACGCAUCGAUUUGCUCCGAGCAGUCAUCGUGGGCGCCGCCGGCACCCCCUACCACGACGGUCUCUUCUUUUUCGACAUGGCGUUCCCACCUGAUUACCCGGCCAGCCCGCCGGAUGUCCAUUACCGCUCCUACGGGUACGCCAUCAACCCGAACUUGUACAGCGACGGCCACGUGUGCUUGAGCCUGAUCAACACGUGGCUCGGGAGAAAACACGAGAGGUGGGAGCCAGCUCGCUCCACCGUGCUGCAGUUGUUACUCUCGAUCCAAGCGCUUGUCCUAAACGAGAAGCCGUUUUUCAACGACGUUUGGUCGGAGUUUUUCCCGCUCGGACGCUUCUUCUUGAUUGAUAGGUCGCAGGCUUACAACGAAGUCGUUUUCGCUCUCAACUGCAGGACCAUGCUUUGCCAGCUACGCCACCCGCCGCGGAACUUCCAAACCUUCGUCGUUGCCCAUUUCCGCGACCGGGCGCGUGCCAUUCUGAGCGCGUGCGACGACUACGCGAACGGGCGCGCUAGAGUUGGGAAUUACGGUGAAGCCGGCGAGGGUUGGAAGUCGAAGGUGAGGGUUUCGGCGAAACUGAGAGAGACGUUGGUUAUGUUGUAUCCUCAACUUUUUGAGGCAUUUGUGUUGAAUGGUGCGUUUUUGGGUUGUGAUGAGGAACGGUUGAGGAUGGAAAAGAGAGAUGGGUUGUGCAAAAGUAAUGUUACUAGGAGAAAGUACAGGGUAAUUAUGGGGAAGGUGUUUGGGAGAAUAAAGAGCAUUUAUAAUUCAACGUUUAAGACUAGUCACAAAAGUUGA